AUGGAGGAUCAAUCAAAUAGGCCGCAUCGGCCCUCGAAGGAGAAGAAGAAGAAGAAGCAUACUGGAGACCGCAAUCCAAAGGCCUUCAGCUUCGCAAACCCAGGACGAUUAGCAAAGUCUGCAGCUCGGUCACAUGAUAUCAAAGAAAAACGGCUGCAUGUCCCCCAAGUCGAUCGAAUACCUGAAGAACCCCCUCCACGACUCGUCACAAUCGUUGGACCUCCCGGUGUUGGAAAGACAACCCUCCUCAAAUCCCUCGUCAAGCGAUACGCCAAAGAGACCCUCUCAGAUCCCCAAGGACCCAUCACUGUGGUGACUUCGAAGCGGCAACGGUUAACAUUCGUAGAAUGCCCCAACGAACUCGAAGCAAUGGUGGACAUGUCGAAGGUGGCAGACAUUGUGCUCCUGAUGAUUGACGGAAACUUUGGCUUCGAAAUGGAAACAAUGGAGUUCUUGAAUAUUUUGGCAGCGAGUGGGAUGCCCGGAAACGUCUUCGGAAUCCUCACACAUCUGGACCUCUUCAAAAAACCACAAACAUUGAAAGAUGCGAAGAAGAGGCUGAAGAACAGGUUCUGGAGCGAGUUGUACCAGGGAGCACAUUUAUUCUACCUAUCCGGAGUCAUCAACGGGCGAUAUCCGGACCGCGAAAUCCACAACCUUUCUAGAUUUAUUUCCGUCAUGAAGAACCCCCGACCUUUGAUCUGGCGAAAUGCACACCCCUAUACAGUUAUCGAUAGUUUUCGAGAUAUUACACAUCCUACGAAGAUCGAGAACGACUCGAAAUGCGAUCGAACUGUUGUAUUAUCAGGAUAUCUGCGGGGAACAAAUUUUGCUGCACAAGGUCAACGAGUACACAUUCCAGGACUGGGAGACUUUUCGAUUUCUGCCAUGGAAGAAUUACCAGAUCCAUGCCCAACGCCAUACAUGGACCAAGCAAUUGCAAAGGCUACGGGAAAAACUGGGAGGAGGCGUUUGGACGAGAAAGAGAAGAAACUUCAUGCACCCAUGUCGGAUAAAAGUGGGUUGAAGAUUGAUGGAGACACGAUUUGGAUUACCCGGGAAAAGGGAUUCAACUUCGACAAGGACGCAGAUGGUGAAGAGCGGGGCGAGGGAGAGGAGUUGAUUGUGAAUCUUCAGAACGAAAGAAGGCUUCUUGGAGAGACGAAUGAGGGUGUACGAUUAUUCAGCGAUGGAACCGCAAUCACUAAGGUUGCAGAGGAGGAAAGCACUGGUCGGAAACACCAACGUUCUGCGAGAUUUCUCGAACGAGAAGAUGAUUCGGAAGAGGAGGUGGGUGUGGAUGAUGAGGGCUUCGUUAGUGGUGACGAGCUCGACCCAGAGGACGAUGUUGAGAUUACAGAAGAGAAGUUGGGGAAAGCUUUCCGGAAAGCGGAUGAUAAAGUCGAUGGCGAUAUUGCAUUUGCAGAUAGCGAUUCGGAUCUUGGGUCUAUCUCUGGUGACGAAAUGGAUGAAGACGAAUCCCCGGACGAGGAAGGCGGUGCCGCUCGAUGGAAAGAAAAUAUGCUGGAAACAGCACAGAAGUUGCAUGGAAAGAAGAGAUCAUUUCGAACCUCUGAUCUGGCGAAGCUUAUGUACGAUGAGUCUCUCACUGCCGCCGAGGUCUUGAAAAGAUGGCGUGGGGACGUCGGGGAAGAUGAGGAAGAGGACGAGGUUGAAGAGUCCGAUGACGAGACGUUCUUCAAGAAGUCCGGGCGUGAACAGGGCGACGAGAAAGUCGAAGAUCGUGCCAUCCCUAUUCUGGACUACGAUGCCCUGGAAGAAAAAUGGACUGUCGAGGACAAUGUUGAAGCUUUGCGUCAACGAUUCGCCACGGCUGAUCUCCUGCGAGAGAAGAACACAGAUCCAAGUGGCAGUGACGGCAGUGAGAAUGAGGAUUCAAACGAUGAAGGUGAUGGAGAAUUUCAGGACCUCGAGGCUGAGGAAGACCACAAAGAGGACGACAUCGAAGCCGAGCGAGAGAAGAACGCGCGGCGGAAAGAAGAGCUCAAGCUGCGAUUCGAAGAAGAAGACCGAGAAGGUUUCAACAACGACAAAGCCAAAGCACGCCGUGGAGGGGCAGAAGAUGAGGAGUUUGGGGAAGACGACUGGUACGAUGCGCAGAAGGCACAAAUCCAGACGCAGCUCAAUAUCAAUAAGGCAGAAUUCGAACUCCUGGAUGAUAGUCAACGUGUUAAUGUUGAAGGCUUCAGAGCUGGUAUGUACGCGAAGAUUGUGAUUGAGGGUGUGGCCUCCGAGUUUGUCACGAAAUUCAACCCACGUAUGCCGAUCAUUAUUGGAGGAUUGUCAGCUACGGAAGAUCGAUUUGGUUUCGUACAAGUCAGGAUCAAGCGACACCGAUGGCACAAAAAGAUUCUCAAGACCAACGAUCCUCUCAUCUUUUCACUUGGCUGGCGGAGAUUCCAAACCUUGCCCGUUUACAGCAUAUCGGACUCUCGGGUUCGCAAUCGAAUGCUCAAGUACACGCCCGAGCAUAUGCAUUGUUUUGCGACAUUCUUCGGGCCCCUCAUUGCACCCAACACUGGCUUCUCAUGCUACCAAUCCUUCUCCUCCAAGAACCCCGGCUUCCGAAUUGCUGCUACUGGAACAGUAUUGAACGUCGACGAAGCCACCGAGAUCGUCAAGAAGCUCAAGCUUACCGGAACGCCCUACAAAAUCUUCAAAAAUACAGCCUUCAUCAAAGACAUGUUCACCACUGCGGUAGAAAUCGCCAAGUUUGAAGGCGCCUCUAUCAAAACUGUCUCCGGCGUCCGUGGCCAGAUCAAGAAAGCGCUCAGCAAACCAGAAGGCCAUUUCCGCGCCACAUUCGAAGACAAGAUCCUAAUGAGCGACAUUGUCUUCCUUCGAGCAUGGUACCCCGUCCGCCCCCAUCGCUUCUACAACCCAGUCACGAACCUCGUUGGUUGGGAAGGGAUGCGAUUGACUGGCGAAGUCCGCCGCGACGAAGGGCUUCCAACUCCGCAGCAGAAAAACAGCCAAUACAAGCCCGUCGAGCGAGUAACGAGAGUUUUCAAUCCUCUUCGUGUUCCUCGUGCUUUAGCGGCUGAGCUUCCUUACAAGAGUCAAAUCGUGCAGACGAAACCGCAGUCCAAGCAGACGUACAUGCAGAAACGAGCCGUGGUUGUCGGAGGGGAGGAGAAAAAGGCAAGAGAUCUGAUGCAGAAGAUCAUGACUCUGAGGAACGAGAAGGUUGCGAAGCGUAGAGUGGCGAAGGAAGAGAAACGAAAGGAAUAUAGGAAGAAAGUUGAGGAGAAUGCAGAGAAGAGGGAAGAGCGGGAGAAGAAGGAGAAGCAGGAUUACUGGAGGAAGGAGGGGAAGAAGAGGAGGGCAGAUACAGAUGGCGGUGGGGGUGGGAAAAGAAAAAGGUAG